AUGAAUGAUGGCGUCGAGGCGCUCCUCAACGAACUGCUGGCGCUGCCACGGCGGCUACACCGGGCGCUGCAUCUGUUAAGAGAUUUGGAGGCAAAAAGCGGGCAGUGCGGAGAGGAGGCUCAGAAAAGACGAGAGAAGUACAUGAGCAUUGCCCGCGCCAAACUGCAUGCCCUACACAACAGCAACACCAGCAGCAGCAGCAAGUUCGUGGUGCCUGAGGGGUUUUACGACGACCCGGAGCUGCAGGAAGAGGCAGCAGCUGCAGCUCUGAAGGGACGGGAGGCGAAGGCGUUGCUGCAGGAGAAGGUGGUCGUAGUGACGCAGCUCAUGACGACAAUAAGAAGGGAAACAGACAAAUUCAAAGCUUCCCUCUCCUCGCUGACAAGGCAACAACAGCACCGCGAAGCCUUCGACGAAGAUCCCCUCACUCCAGGCACAUACAAACACCGGCACCGGCACGAUGAAGCUUCUACUGCUGCAGCGCAUGGCCCUGUCACCAGGCUGCAUGUCAGCCGGCCUGUAAUGGCCUGCAGCCCCCGCUCUUCUUGCUCUGCUGCUUCACACAGGGGUGCGGCAGGCAUCGGCAGCAGCAGCAACAACACCAACAACGAAAGCCUGACGAAACAUGAAAACAGCACCACUGGAAAUAAUAGUAGUAGCAGUAGUAGUAGUAGUGGUAGUGGUAGUAGUAGUAGUAGUAGUAGUAGUAGUAGUAGUAGUAGUAGUGGCAGUAGUAGUAGUAGUAGUAGUAGUAGCAGGCAUCUACACAACACCGCCACCGUAGGGAGGAGUUUCCUUGGUUUCUCAAUGGGGAGACCGCAUCAUGUCAGUUCUUCGCCGGAGACAGCAGCAGCAGGUGGGGCAAAGGCAGUUGCAGCAGGAACAAGUGCAGAAACAACAGGGGCAGCAUCAACAGGCCCAGUUGCUAUUACUGCUGCGCCUGCUCCCGCAUCCUCUAUCUCCUCUAGGGUCCCUUCUCGAACUUUGCGCCCCAUCAAGGCUUCGCUCCGCAGCAGCGGCAGCAACCCCUGCAGCAGCAUCGCGGAAGCAGCAGCAAGCACAAGUCGGCCGCUAAAAAGACCUCGCCCCGCCACGAUGGGAAGUCCCACUAAGAGAUCAUCUCUUCAAGAAGAGUUGGCUGCAACACCAGCAGCAGCAACAGCAGUUGGGGAUGCAAGCAAGGAAGGGAGGGGACUCAGGCAGGUGCAAGACGGAGGUGCAGCAACGGCAACAGCAGCAGCGACAACAGUAGCAACACCAGCAGCAGCACAAGCACUAACACCAGCACCAGCAACACCAAGCGCAGCAGCACCAGCACCAUCAACACCUGCAGCAAUAGCAGCAGCAGAGGAGGGAUUGCAACAUGUGCAUGCCUCUGUUCCCCCGCCUCAUUCUCAAGUAGAUGCACCACCUAACGGAAGACGGCGGCGUCAGCGACGGGAGGAAGCAACAGUAGCAGCAGUAGAACCGACGGGAGGGUUAACUGCCUCUGCUUCUGCAGCGCCCACUGUUGACACUGCUAAUGCGGACCUCAUCACCAUAGCUAGCAGCAGCAGUACAAGCAGCAGCAGCAGCAGCACAAGCACGAGUAGCAGCAGCAGCCGCAGCAGCAGUAGCAGUAGCAGCAGCAGACCCGCCAGGACAGGCGUCAGCAGGUUUAGGCGGGCACGAGAACCGCUCCUUGAAAGUCCUCCUGCUCCUGUUGCUGCUUCCGCUGCUGCUCUUGCCACUGGUGCUGGUGGUCCUGCAGCUGCUGUCACUGGCGGUGCAUCAACUGCAGUGCAGGCGUCGCAUCAUCAGGCCGCGGAGGGGGAUGCAGCAGCAACAGCAGCAGAAGUAACAUUACCUGCAGCAUCAGCAGGGGCAGGAGCAGCAGGUGUGGCGGAAACCCGUCUUGGUGGGCUAACGCACCAGCAGCAGCAGCAGCAGCAGCAGCAGGUUGGUGAGGGGAGGAGCAGAAGACAGCGAGAGAGGGGCAGCACACACCCACAAGUUGAGUAG